AUGGGCAAAUCCUACGACUCCAAGGCCAAGGUGGCGGGGCAAAAACCGCAGAACUGGGACGACGAGAUCACACACAAGUACUGCGGCGCGGUGGACGUCGGGCGGACGGGCAAGUCGAACAAGGCGCAGCGGUGCCAGCAGUGCAUGAUUAUCAAGGCCAGCAUGGCCAAGGAGGAGAGCAGAGAGACGGCCUCGAGGAGGAAUGAGAAGAUGGGGUGGCAGGCGGGGAGUUUGGAUUGGCAGUGA